AUGAGCGCAAUCCUGUCGGCCGACGACUUGAAUGACUUCAUUUCACCAGGUGUCGCCUGCAUCAAGCCCGUGGAAACCCUCCCACAAAAAGAUACAAAGAGUGAAGAGAAGGCCUACGAAGUGACAACGGAAGACAAAGUCCAGCCUGAGAAUCUCCCCCCGGCACAGAUCUCGUUGACCGAUUGUCUCGCUUGCUCCGGAUGUGUUACGUCAGCGGAAGCUGUCCUGAUCUCCCUACAAUCCCAUGCAGAGGUCCUCAAUACCCUGGAUGCGUACCCGGAAAUCCAGCUGCAACACGAACAUCAUGGGACCGCGAUUGGGGAUGGCGGGGCAGCUGAGGAGAGCAAGAUAUUUGUCGCCAGUGUCAGUCCUCAAGUCAGAGCCAGUCUGGCAGCCACCUAUGGCGUCUCCGAGAGGGAAGCGGGAUACAUGAUCGACCAGUUCCUUAGCGGCCCACAGGGACUCCGAGGUGGUGGGAAGCACGGCAGUGGUUUCACCUGGGUUGUGGAUACGAAUGUUAUGCGAGAAGCUGUCUUGGUCCUUAGCGCCGACGAGGUAUCGGAAUCGCUCGAUUCCGAAGCUUCUGCGGCUGAGCAGUCAGAAUACCCUCUUCCCAAGCGCCCGAUACUAUCCUCGGCAUGUCCUGGGUGGAUAUGCUAUGCUGAAAAGACACAUCCAUUCAUUCUUCCGCACUUAUCCCGGUUGAAAUCGCCCCAGGCUCUCGCGGGAACCUUUUUCAAGACCGUCUUGAGCAAGUCCCUCGGGGUCCCGCCUUCUCGGAUAUGGCACUUGGCGAUAAUGCCAUGCUUUGACAAGAAACUGGAGGCUUCUCGAGAGGAGCUCACUGAUGUUUCGUGGCAAAGCAGUCCCUCUGAAACACAUCAAGCGGUGCGUGAUGUGGAUUGUGUCAUUACUACCCGCGAGCUUCUUUCUUUGGCAUCAGCUCGAGGGCUCUCACUGCCGAAAUUGCCCUUGCAGUCACUGCCUUCAGCCUUCGCACCAUCUUUCCCCGAGAAGACUCUUGAUUCAUUCAUCUCCUUCAAGCGUUCUCCGGCAGAACAGUCUCUUGCGACAGGCACUUCUGGUGGCUACCUACACCACGUGCUCAUGACCUUUCAAGCCCGGAAUCCUGGCAGCGAAUUCGUGACCAACCGGGGUCGCAACGCCGAUGUCGUCGAGUAUAUCCUCAUGUCCAAGGAAGACCAGCCCAUUUUGAAAACAGCCCGCUAUUACGGAUUCCGGAACAUCCAGAAUCUCGUCAGGAAAUUAAAGCCUGCCAAAGCGUCGAGACUUCCAGGCGCAAAGCCUUCAGUUGCAAGCCGACGUCCGGCCAUGUCCCGCAAUUCAGCAUCGGGUGGUUCGGGAUCGGACUAUGCCUAUGUAGAGGUCAUGGCCUGCCCCGGUGGUUGUACAAAUGGUGGUGGACAGAUUCGGGUGGAAGACGCCAGAGAAACCACUGCUUCUUCCCAGUCGAUUGACUCGACAGACACAUCCUCCAAGCCAUCUCCUCAUGAGCAACGCGCAUGGCUGGCCCGCGUCGAUGAGGCAUACUUCUCCAUGGAGUCUGAUUCUGAAACUGAACAGGACAUUCAGCCUCCGUCGGUCUCAAUACCGGACAAGGAGGCCAAGAUCCAUGACGGCCUCCAGCGUUGGUCCCGAUUUAUGGACAUCCCGCUCUCUAAGCUCGUCUACACCACCUAUCGCCAGGUUGAAAGCGACGUCGGCAAAGACCAAAACCAGGCCAAUGACACCUCGCGUGUUGUUGAGCUUGCUGGGAAAAUCGGCGGUGGGUGGUAA